GACUGGUGAGGGAGGGAGGGACGGACCGAGAGCCGCAUUAGCUAUUAAUAUAGUAAUAACUCGUGUGCCUCUUUUCUUUAAUUUCCAGGAGAAAGAGAGAAGAACUCCUUGAUUCCACUCGCCAUCUCCAGCCUCUUUAAAUAGGAAGCUUUGAACCCCAACUUCUAUAAACCCACACCGUCUAAGCUCCUCCCGGAGACCAGACUGGCAGGUGAACGGAAGCCACUAUUCCCCCCGGCCCUCCUUGGGUACGUGUAGUGGAGAGAGGAGAGAUCGAGCUGACCAGAGAGAGAGAGAGAGAGAGAGAGAGAGAGGGUCAAGACGGGUCUGCCGGUGUGGAUGUUGGGGCUGGGCGCGGCUCGCUUGGAGGCCGACAUGAACCGCUUGAUGGCCCUGCUCUUCCACCAGGGGGUGCUGGACGAGCAGUUCAUGCAGCUACAGCAGCUGCAGGAUGAGUCUUCCCCCAAUUUCGUCUCCGAGGUCAUCUCCAUCUACUUCCGUGAAUCGGAGAAGCUCCUCAAGAAUCUCCGAUCUCUACUCCACAGAGCGGACAGGGAGUGCACGGACUACAGGAAGAUAGGAAUACAUCUGAACCAGUUGAUGGGCAGCAGUUCCAGCGUCGGAGCCAAACGCGUGAGGACUGUCUGCCUUGCCUUCCGCGCCGCUUCCGAGCACAACAACUGGUCCGGGUACGUACCAGACUCCUACAACAACCAAAUGCUAGCUUCUUCAAUCUGUCAUCGUGGUAUCCACGUUCUCCCACAAACUCCCCCUAUAUACUUCUCCAUGUUUAAUCCCAUGGGCGUACAAGAAAAAGAAAACAAAACCGUUCUGAUACAGGUUUGGAAUGUAAGAUCGGUACCUCUAGCCUAUGGCCUUAAAAAACAGUCUUACUAUACAGUAGUGGCUAUUUCAGUGCAUCGGGGAUUGUAUAGGAUCGAGCCUCAGAUUCGUUUGAGGACAUUACUGGAAAUUGGGCAUGGGGUCGAAUUUGAAUCGAGCCUCAAAUUAGUUGGCCGCCACGUAUUGCAUUUGCACCACCGUCCAGAGUUUGGGCCAAGGAUUUAGCUUCUCCUUCCAGGAGCAGUGGUGGCCGGAACCACCACCACCACCCGUCCCUGCAUCCAUCCCCACGCUGGGAGAGUGAAUGGCAGACGGCCGACCGCUCCUUCAAAUUAAACCUCUUCCAUGGUGUCGGAUCUGGAGAAGUGACCUCUGGUACACGCACCUAAUCGAAGCCGCAGCUUCUGUGCCGGACGUAGGGGUACCUUUUCCUUCAAUUAGUAGUGUCUAAUUGUGAGGCAUGUAUGUGGCAUAUGGCGUAUGGGGGUUGGCUUUGGGGCAUGU